AUGCCUGACGUAUCUGAUCGAUGUCAACAUGAAUUAUGUUGUUUACAAGAAUCUAAUUCUGCAUCAAUACGCUUAUAUUUAUGUUCACAUCAUUGUGGGAAAAUGUUAUGCCUUAAACAUUUAUUUGAACAUGAUGAAUACAUUGAAAAACAAAUACAACAUCAAGAUAAACUAAAAGUUUUACGAAAUUCCUGUUUUCAAAUAUUCAAUGAUGUAAUUCGGACAGAAAUGAAAAGUUUAAAUGAAAAAAUUCAAUAUCAUCAUAAAUUAAUUGAAUAUAUUGAUAGUUUAUUAUCAAUUAAUUAUUUGGAUGAGUCAAUGAAUAAGAAUGAAAAACUUCAAGCCGCUAUUAAAGUAGUACAAAAGGUUAUUGCACAAGAAAAUCGAUCAAGAUCAAUAGCUUAUGCAACAUCAGAUGGUGGCCAGAACAAUAAUACCAACGUUUCAACUACAGAUAAUGGCGUAGGUUCUGAAGUUGCAAAUAAUAACGAGACCGGUGCACGACCAUUUGAGAUGAAGAAUCAAAUGCGUAAAAUGACCACUACUGAUUUACUGACAUCUGAAAUUUUGGUUUUUUCAAGUGAUAGUCUCAAUGGAAAGGAUCCAACUAUUAGUUCAGAAAGUAGUUGGAAUAGUGAUUAUGACGCUGGUGCAGUUGGUGAUAAUAAACACGGAGGGGCAAUAUUAUCCAGCAGUAGUAAAAAUCUUUGUACGGGUAGUCAAUGCGAUCAGACAAAGUCUGUUUGUAAACAACCGUCUGAGAUGAAAGCAACAGGUCUUCGUUAUCAACGUUCAUUAACAAAUCAAGAAUAUCUUUUUAAAGGUUUUCCAACUAUUCGUCAUUGUGUAUGUUCUGUUGAUGUUAUUGAUGAACUACCUAUUCUUAAUGUUGAAUAUCUUUUAGUCAAUGAUAUUGAAGUAGAUUUUAUUUUUUAUAGUUUGUUCUUAACACUUGGCUUCAUUAACUCAUCAUCAGAAUGUGAUAUCAAUAGUUUAGAAAUUCAAAUUUUUUCAUAUGGUCUUAAUAUGACAGAAUGUAUUAAAACUACAGAAUUCGAUUUACCGAUAUUGAUGAGUAAAACUAUAAAACCAAAAAUAGAUCUUAGUGAAACUUAUGAUCGUUGUCUUUUGCGACAGGAUCGAUCAACAACAAAUAAUGAACUUCGUUUGAAUUAUUCUAAUGAAGUACCAAAUACAAAUAGUUAUUAUCGACGAAAUACAAUUGAACUUCAUCUUGAUUAUUUAUCAUCUAUAAUAUUUCAAAUAAAUGAUAUACAAAAUGAUGAAGUUACAGUAAAAUCAAUGGAACCAUCAUUAAUAAUAAUAAAACAAAAUACAUUUCCAUCGGAUUUACAUCAAUUAAUUGCUGAUAUUCGAACCCAAUUACCGACACAUAUUCAUUAUGAAACUACUACUUCAGUUAGUAUUUUAGUCAAUUUAUUUACAGCUGUUCGAUCGUAA